AUGUCUGUUGUUUCAGACUGUUACGAUCCUAUAGUCAGAGUGUACCUAAUGGACUAUGUAAGUCUGGAGGAUUGCCAUGCGUAUUACAAAGAAAACAACCUGGACGACAGCGAUAUGUGGCCCACGUAUCUCGCCUGCGGCAAAGCGAUGCAGGGCGGCGAGUGUCUCUGGGUGGCGGGGACAGCUCUCACAAUAUAUCAGAAUGGAAGGUGGCAUAUGGCGGCGUUAGGAGUGUAUGGGCCAGGUUGCGAGGCGCCUGCCCGGUUCCUGGACUAUUUCCUGUACCAUGACUGGGCCUCGCGUAGUUACUCGAGUCCCAGCAGGACAACACUCAGCAGAGUGGGUUCAAAUGAAGUCAUUUUAAGAAGAUCGCUAACACACGUACGAAGGUACGGGCCCUGCGACGAUGAGGAGAGGCAAUAUGAGAUCUAUGGUGACAGGACAACUAUAGACCACGACGUGCAAAAAAGGGGGAAGGCUGUAUACAAUCUGACGUUGCUGGACACCGUGGAGUAUUCGUGCGUGGUGGUGCGCGCCGACAACGCACUCGGCGGCGCCGCGCCGCGCCUGCGCCUGCGCCGCUUCUGCGCGUCCACGGCGCAGUUCUGCUACGACCAGCACCACCUCGAGGUCAAGUUCCACGUCACCAUACACUUCGUUGGCCCCACAACAUACCAAGUAAGAGCAUACGGGAAGCCAGUCGUAACAAUAGACCCGAAGCAAGCCAUGAAGUAUAUAAACCAAUUCGCUAAGCACCCUGAAUUGCCUAAGUAUAAUACAUUUUUUGACAUGUUCUAUCAGGAUAGCGUUAACUACUCGUGGGUACCAGGAUGGAAGCAUGGAUCUUACAAGGGCUUUAAAAUUAGACGGUACGAAGUCUAUGAACAUUGCAUGCAAUGGUCUAUAAUGCCCCGAGACAAAAAAUACUGUGGGCAAUUGGAGUUUGCCGUUGAACCAACCUGGUGGUUUAAGAGGAAAAUACAAAAUAAUUAUUUUGGAAUACCCGAUAGGACACGCCAUUUCAUAUGGCGUUAUGAAGGACAAGAAGAAAAAUUACAAUACAACAUCGCCGGUUACGAACCAAUAAUAGGGUCUGCACUUCAAAAGAGACGAAAUCAAUUCUUGGACCGCCUUUUUUUAAACGAUCCUUAUAAUCCUGAUCCGUACUUAGUUAUAUAUGUCUUAAAAGGAAUGCCUGCUGAGAAUAACUACCGAAAUUCAACGUGUGGAAUAGACAAGUCUCCCGUGGACUUUAUUUAUGAAGGGGUGGCCAAAAUUGAGACGUACCCUUGGCUUGGAUAUUUGGUCUAUCAUUCAGGCAACACUCGCCGCACGACCGCGGUGGUGCUGGUCACCAAGCAGAUGGUGAUCGGAACAGCAAUCGAGAUAGACCACAUCCCCAAACGUGACUUCAGAGUCCGAGCAAGAGUGUACCUGGGUCGCAACUGCUCCUCAACGAGCAUCCCCGUGAGAGACUACACGUACCACCCGGAUUAUAUUAAACAGUCCCACAGCGCUCUGGCUCUCAUACAACUGGACUUGGACCACGUGCGUCAAGAAUUGACAUUCAUAUGUUCGCCGCCAUCACACUUCAUUGAACCUGUGUUCUACGCAAUGACUCUGUCUGUUGAUUGCAAGAAACCAAUUGUACAGCUAUAUCAAAUGGAGUACGUCGACCCUGUACAAUGCAAAAUUUACUACAGGAAAUCUGGCUUGAACCUAAAGGCGUUGUGGCCGACGCACACGGCGUGCGCUCGCGCUCGCUACGGAGGGGACUGCAUUUGGGGGGGAGGCACUGUGCUCGUACUCAAGCAAGCGGGGAGAUGGAGACUGGUUGGCUUCGGAGUGUAUGGACCUGGAUGCGAGGCCCCGGCGAGGUUCCUGGACUACGGCAUGUACCACAGCUGGAUCCGGCGCAGCAUCCAAAGGAUGGGGAAGCCGAGCGUCACUAGGCUCGGGCCAAACCAAGUCAUCUUGAGAAGGAGUCUCGCCAACGUCCAGAGGUACGGGCCCUGUGACCUGGAAGAGAUCAAAGAAGAGCUGUACACUGACGAGACCACCAUCCGAGCUGACAAGUCUGGCCCGAGGAGGCUGAGGUAUAAUAUGACGAUUUACGCGAACGUGGAAUACAGCUGCGUGGUGUUUCGGGCGACGAGCACGGACAAGCCGCCGUCGCUGCGCCUGCGUCGCUGGUGCGCCGGCAACCCCAACUCUUGCAGCGGCUUCCAGUACAUCGAGAUCGACUUCUACGUCGAGGUCACCUUCUCAGGAUACAUGAAAUUCUCCAUGAAAGCAUACGGCCGUAAAGGCAUAGUCAUAGACGUGAAGCGCGCCAUGAAGUACCUGAACACAAUGCACCACUACCCAGGCAUUUGGACUCCGUACGAGGUCAGCAUGGUGAUCGAAGCCCAGAAAAUGGCCAGAACGACUACAAAGCGACGAGCACGGACAAACCGCCGUCGCUGCGCCGGCAACUCUAACUCUUGCAGCGGCUUCCAGUACAUCGAGAUCGACUUCUACGUCGAGGUCACCUUCUCAGCGACGAGCACGGACAAGCCGCCGUCGCUGCGCCUGCGCCGCUGGUGCGCCGGCAACCCCAACUCUUGCAGCGGCUUCCAGUACAUCGAGAUCGACUUCUACGUCGAGGUCACCUUCUCAGGGUACAUGAAAUUCUCCAUGAAAGCAUACGGCCGCAAAGGCAUAGUCAUAGACGUGAAGCGCGCCAUGAAGUACCUGAACACAAUGCACCACUACCCUGGCAUUUGGACUCCGUACGAGGUCAGCAUGGUGAUCGAAGCCCAGAAAAUGGCCAGAACGACUACAAAGGCACCAAAGACAACCAGGACAACUAGGACACCUAGAAAGAUACGGCCUUAG